AUGGAAUAUCUUGGGUUCGCUAACGACAUUGCUCCACAUAGAUUAAUAGGAGUUAUAGUUAGCAGUGAUGAAAGCUUUAAAGAGUUUGAAAUAGAACCUUCGGAUAUUAAUAAGGUUUUGUUGAUGACAUUAGACGAAAUGCGGGAAUACUUGUGCCAAGAAGGUUUGGCGUUAAUUGGUCGACAAAACACUAAUUUCCGAAAUGCAUUUAAAAAUAAGAUACCACUUGCCAGAGAACCUGAGUGUAAACUUAAGGAUAUUUUGAUUAUGACAAAUGAAGAUAUACAAGAUGGAUCAUUUUCCUUUUAUCUGGAGAAAGACUUAAAAAAGCCAGGUUUUCCCGAAAUUGUUGAUAGGCUUCAUAUAGAUAGGGGAUAUAAAAAAAAUAAUGAUAAUAUCGAGCCAGCAAAUAGAAAAGCUUUUCGCGUCAGAAAGCCGCAUAUGAUGGAUGUUAUUAUUGAACAAAAACUUGAACAACAUAACUCAGAAAAUCCUGGAAGAAAGUUACUCAUUGUAAAGAAAGGUUCUAUUAGAUUGUUGCAGGAAGAUUUAGAGCCCACUCAAGAAUACAUCAAUGCAGUUGAAAUUGCAUUAACUCAACCAGAUAAUCAGAGACGAAGAGAAGCUUUAAAUAGGAUAGGAGAAGAAUAUGGAUUUUUCUGGUCAAAAGACAUUAGGCUUGGAGGCCAACUUUGCGUGAAUGAUGAACAAGCCACCGACCUUACUGAUUUGGAAAAUUUGAAACUUUUUGAGCAUUGGCAAAUUAUUGAACACAAUGAACUUUUGUCAUUAUUUAAUUUAUUGCCGCAAGAACUUAUUUCAAGGAUAAAAGAGGUCAUCGGAAUGAAAUUAUUGCAUAACGAUAUUUUAAAUAUUGCCGUACCAAGAAAUUGUUCUUGUGUAAUUCAACAUAUACAUAGACCACAGGGAAUUUCUACAUUUAAUGGUGUUAAGAUAUUUACUUCUGUUGUGGUGAUGAAUAAUGUAAAACCAUAUCGCAAUGUGUUUGGAAUUAGAGUAGAUUAUCAAAAUAAUGAAAAUCCAUACGUCGUAAUCCAUAGAAUUGGUCCAGCAAGACAUCCUUUUAAGCUCUCAAUUCCUUGGAUUCAUUCAGCUUUAAAUGUUAAAAAUUGUUGGCUAGGAACUUGCGUUUUGAAUCCUGAUGAUAACCCUGGAUAUGCGUUUGGACAUUCUAGAAAUGUUAUUGGUUAUCAUUUCCGUAAUGCUGGAAAUAUUAAUACACAAAUAUGUGGCUAUCAAUACAAUCUUCAAGAUGACCGAAUCAGUAACACCCUAAGAUUUAGAAUUAAUUGCGCUAUUAUAACACAGACCCCUAAUUUCCGUGUUGUUGGCCCAACCGGACAACAAUGGAGAUACAGACCCUGUAGACUUACGUACAUAUUAGCAAAUAGUCGUACUUAUACUGGAAACAGAUGGAAUUUACUUCCAGGAGCUAUAUUUGCAAGUAUCAAUUAUACAGAUACAGAUUUUAAUGAUCAUUCUCUUUUUUUAAACAUUCAUAGGAAGUAUCCUAUUACCAAAUCAUUAAAUAGCAUACGUGAGGAUCUUAAUGCCUCGGUCAGUUACGUUGCAGUAUAA